AUGUGUAACGUCUACUGUCCAGAAACAGAGCUCGACGAGAAGAGGAAGAAACGACAGGAGGAGUGGGAGAAAGUCAGAAAACCGGACGACCCCGAGGAGGCUCCAGAGGAGGAGUACGACCCCCGGUCCCUCUUCGACCGACUGCAGGAGCAGAAGGACAAGAAGCAGGAGGAAUAUGAGGAGCAGUUUAAAUUCAAGAACAUGGUGAGAGGUUUGGACCAAGAUGAGACCAGUUUCCUGGACGAGGUCUCCCGGCAACAGUGCCUGGUGGAGAAGCAGCGCAGGGACGAGGAGAAGCAGGAGCUGCUGGAAUACCGAAGCGCUGUGAAGAAACAGGCUCAAACUCAGGUCGGUGAAAACCGCCGAGAACCUGAGAAGAAGGCAGCAGCGGCGCCCAAACAAUCGGGGUCCGAGCAGCGGACCAGUCACCUGUCACAGGCCCAUUUGUUGGCCGGAGCUGUGAAGAGACGCAAUUCUAGUUCCUCCCAGUCGACGGAAGGCAGUAAGAAGCAGAAGUCUGAAAUCACAGACACAGGAAACGGAGACAGACACACAGAGCAGGAGUCUGGACCAGCCAGAGGAGGAGGAGGAGGCGCAGAGGGAGAACCACAAACAGUACCGGGACUCGCGGCCAAGACCAGCCCGGCUCCUCUGACCUCCAGUCCGGGUGUGUUACACCUGCCGUCAGCAGCCAUGUGUGUCGGCGUUUUACCAGGACUCUGUGUUUAUUCAAGCAGCAGCGACUCCAACAGCAGCUCGGACAGCGAAGUUUAAGGGCGAGCGACCAAACCCUGCGCUGCCUACCCCGACGACAUCCAGCCCCCCUUCCCUUCAACCCCCCCAUCCCAACCCAAGCCACAGCGACUGCAAGCUGUGCUAUUGGCUGAGGGAACAGUGAUUGACAGCUGUGGAGCGAGGAAGAGACCGCGUUAGGCCGCGUCACAUGACUCACACCUUUUUAGCUUUCAGCGAGCAGCAGAGGAGAGAGAGACACUUGACUUUCUCUCUGUCGGGGACAAAUAGAACGAGUGAAUGUCUGUCCACCAGUCAAAUGUGAAGCUUUUGGUCAAUGAUCAUGUCGGAAAGAGUAACUGUUGUCUCAGGUGAUGAUGAGGUCUGAGCAGAGACAAAUAAAUAAAACUGUCCCCUGUGA